AUGCAAGCUUUCGAUCAAUAUCGUGGGCAAGGAAAAAGCAUAACAACCCAAAAAACCCAUCCCCCACAAGAACAGCGUAGAUUCGAGGUACUGGGAACAAGAGUGCAUACUCAUAAGCAAGAUUUGAUUGGUGAUGAAGCUACAUCGGACGACGAAGAUAUUCCUGAUGUUUCUGACUACUCGUGGCUAGCUAUGCCUAAUGAAAAUAUUCUUCAGUCAGCCAUGCCUGAUGAAGCAAUUCCUCGGCAUGUUCCAGCGACGUUCGAAUUGAAUGCAAACGCUCAAGAAUUCGUUUCUACAUAUACUGUUCCUCCAGUCUUAAAGGGCGAAGAACGUCAAGUCAUUCCUGAGAAAGAAACAAAUGUUUAUGAAUCACAAUCUAAUGAUGUGAAACCAGAUCAACCUGAUAGUGUUGGACCUUUAUUAGUUGAAUUGGCUAAGCAACAAGUAUUGAAUUCCUUACCUAAACAACAACCACCAAUGUUUUCUGGUAAUUAUUUUGAUUAUCCUUAUUUCAUUAAUUCCUUCGAAUCCCUCAUUGAAAGCAAAGUCGAGGAUCCGAAGCAAAGACUUUAUUAUUUGAAUCAGUUCACAAGUGGGGAAGCAAGAGAAGUUAUCAAAGGCUUAGUCACAUUGAACUCUCCAGAAGCCUACACGAAAGCACGAACUGUUCUGAAAGAAAGAUUUGGUCAUCCAUAUCGCGUUGCUUAUGCCUACAAAGAAAGGUUAUUGAAUUGGGCUACCAUAAAGGACUCAGGAGAUGGUGUUGGUCUAUUGAAAUUUUCAGAUUUUCUUGUACAAGCGGAAGAAGCUAUGAAGACACUUAAACACAUGGAAGUGUUAAAUAGCGAAGAUGUCAUAAAGAAGAUUUGCUCAAAAUUACCAAAUUUCGCAAUUGCAAGAUGGUGCCGUCGAGCGAAUGAAAUCUUAACUGAAAAAGACGCAGUCAAAUUCCACGAUUUCGUAGAAUUUGUGAAAGACGAAGCAACUUUUGCUACAAAUCCUGUGUUUUCUCCUUAUGCCAUUAAAGAAGAAAAGAGAGGUGAUAGGAAGAACGAAGGUAAAGAGCAAGACAUUCGUAAAUGGAAAAGGAAUGAACAGUCCAGUAAUUUUUCAACCAUCGUCAAUCCCCUAUCGCUUACUGACAAAGAAAGAAGUCCACCUGAUGUGCACAAGUGUACUUUGUGUGCAAAGAAUCAUGUUUUGGAGAAUUGUCAGAAGUUUCAAGAAAUGAAGUUAAGUGAAAGAAUGGAUUUCAUUCGGAAGAAAGAAUUGUGUUUCGGAUGCCUUCGUGUUGGUCAUGUGUCUAGAAGAUGUCUCACUAGAAAGAAGUGUGAUGUUUGCCAACUAAAACAUCCUACAUUGUUACAUGAUGCAACGAAGAGUGGCAACAAGAAAGAGUGCUCAACGCAAACUUCCUCAGAAUUGCCCAAUAAGGACCCCAAAUCCACUGGUUCUACAAUUAACAACUGUGUAAGCGUACGAAAUGCUGUGAAAUCCAAUCAAGAUAACAACGAAAGCAGAAUCAGUUCAAUGAUUGUACCAGUUUGGUUGCAUCACAAGAAAGAUCCCCAUCAUCAAAUAAUGGUAUACGCUUUAUUAGAUCCUGCUAGUAAUGGGACAUUCAUUAAAAGUGAUACUUCAAAGAAACUCGGACUUAAUGGUAUAGAUGUUCAUCUAAACUUAAACACAAUGCAUGGAACGGAAAUGAUAGCAACAAAGAAGAUAGCUGGGCUUAUCAUAGAAGACCUAGGAAAAACCACCCAAAUCGAGUUACCGAAAUCCGUUUACUGUAGAGAUGAUAUUCCAUCAAAAAGAGACGAGAUACCUCGACCUGAAAUGGCUGAAAGAUGGCAGCAUUUAGAAAGGCUAACAACACAAUUACCACGUUAUCAAGAAAACGUGGACAUUGGUCUACUGAUUGGAUCAAAUUGUCCAAAGGCGAUCAAGCCACAGGAAGUCAUACCAGGAAACGAGAACGAUCCUUAUGCAAUUAAAACUCUUCUUGGUUGGGGGUUUAUCGGUCCUGUUUCGAAGUUGAAUGAAAACGACUUAGACUUUGAAAGUUAUCAAAUGUCAUGUAAUCGCAUUGUGACCAGGGAGAUUGCCUCAGAGAAACAACUAAACAUUGUUUUCGCUCCAGAAAAUCGUGUAAAAGAAAUUAUCGACCCAUCAACGAUCAACAAGAUGUUCGAACUCGAUUUCAACGAGAAUAUUAACAUUUCGCCAACGUAUUCCUCAAUUGAUGACCAGAAUUUCCUGCGAAAGGUUUCUGAUGGAAUCCACCUUGGAGAAGAUGGACAUUAUGAGAUCCCACUGCCGUUCAAGAAUGAUGAUAUCAAAUUACCAAACAACCGAAAUUUAGCUGUGUUUCGCCUACAACAAUUGAAGUCAAGAUUCAAGAAUGAUACUACGUACAAAGAAGAUUACGUCACAUUCAUGAAAGAAAUGAUAAAGAAAGGAUAUGCAGAGCAAGUUCCAUCGAAUGAAGAAACAACAGAACCAGGAAAAUGUUGGUACAUCCCACACCACGGGGUUUACCAUCCCAAGAAACCUAAGAAGAUACGAGUUGUAUUUGACUGUUCCUCUCAAUACAAAGGAGAAUCGCUCAACCAGUAUCUACUCCAAGGUCCAGAUUUAACGAAUAAACUGAUUGGAGUAUUAACAAGAUUUCGCCAAGAAAGUGUUGCUUUCACAACUGAUAUAGAAGCUAUGUUUUAUCAAGUAAAGGUCUCGAAAGAGUAUCGCGAUUUCCUCCGUUUUCUUUGGUGGCCUGGAGACAACCCAGACACAAAUCAAGAACCUCAAACGUAUCGGAUGACAGUGCAUCUGUUUGGGGCAGCCUCGUCUCCAGGAUGCUCGAACUAUGCCCUUAAACGAACUGCUGACGACAAUGAACAAGAAAUUGGAAAGGAUGCAGCGGAAUUCUUGAGAAGAAACUUCUACGUCGAUGACGGGCUGAAGUCAGUCGCCUCCGUGUCCGAAGCAGUUAACCUGGUGAAGCAAGCCAAAGAGAUGUGCAGUCGAGGUGGGUUCAAUCUGUGCAAAUUCAUCAGUAACAAAAGAGAAAUUCUUCAGCAAAUUCCCGAGUCAGACCGUGCGGAUGCAGUGAAGAAUCUUGACUUAGCUGUAUUACCAAUUGAAAGAACACUGGGCGUGCAAUGGUGCAUAGAAACUGACAACUUUGAAUUCAGAAAUUAUUUUACAAGAUCGUCCGUUAACAAGAAGAGGAAUCUUGGCGACUGUCUGUUCAGUUUACGACCCACUGGGAUUCGUGGCACCGAUAAUUCUUCUUGGAAAAAGAAUACUUCAAGAUCUCUGUCGUGA